AUGAGUGAAAAAAGUGAAUCUGAAAACUUGGGAAAUAAUAACUCUGGGAAUAACUUUUCGAUUGAAUCGUUAGGACAGGACAGUAGUCUAAUUGCUCAAGACAACAUUCAAAUAGAAAAGAAAGAUAAAUUUUCUUGGCAGUUUGGAGAAAAUGUUAAAAGGGAUUCUUUUGGUUUCAUUUUAAGGACUGAUCCACUGCCCUUAAAUACUGAAAAAACAAAAAAAUCAGAUAAUCAUGAUAAUUUAAAUAAUAUUGACUCUGAAAGGUGCAAAAUUGACAAAAAAAAUGACAAGAGAAAGAGUGAGGAUCGAUAUGAUGAGGGGAAAAAAGAUAGAGAAAGGGGAAGAGAUAGGGAUAGAGAUAGGGAUCGGGACAAGCCAAGAGAUAGGGACAGAAGUCCUCAUGGGUAUAAAAGGAAAUAUUCAAAGAGUCCAUCACCUCGUCGUUCUAGACAUAGGAGAAGUAGAUCAAGAAGUAGAACUCCUCGAGACCCAAGAUUAAGAAGAAAUCCAGGGAACCUAGGAGACAGAGAUAGGAACAGAUAUAGAAGGUAUUCAUCUGAAAAGAGUCCAGAUAAGGAUUCAGAUAAAGGUGAUAUAAGAGGUUCUAGUCCCAGAAGAGAUAGAUCUAGAACCCCUUCUGGAUGGAGAUCAAGUCACAAUCGUUCAGGUCCUGUUGAUCCUCGUAAUCCUCCAAUGAAUAUAAAUAGCUGUCAAGAUUACAUGCCAAUGGUGACCAAUUUCCACACUCAAAAUGUAAAUCAAGUUUCAGCACCUUCUAAUAAUUCUCCUGGAACCCUUGCUCCUGGUUCAGAUAAUUCAUUUAAUAGGUAUCAACCUAGCAAUGCUCCUUCAGUGUUGGCACCUCCUCAAUAUAACUAUCAAACUGGUCCGGGUGGUCCUGCCGCACCAGAAGGUUAUCCAGGAUACGAUGCAUAUUAUUCAGGAUAUCCUCCCCCGCCGACUCAUCCUUCGGAAUACAUUCAAUCUCGACCCAACAAUUGGUCACGUGACAUGAAUUCAUCGUCUAAAGUUGGAUCUGUUUCCAUCAAUACGGACGAUCCAGCCAAAAAAGAAGAAUUAUUGCAACAGAAAAUUACUUUAUCUAAACAAAGGGUAGAAUAUUUAAGAAAAGGAGUUAUAUUAAAUCGAGAAUUAGAAUUGUUAAAAAUUCAAAAGAAAGAACUUAUUGGCGAUAAGACAAGAGACAGCGAGAAACUUUUAAAAGAAAAUAAUAAAUUACAGCUUGAAAUAGCCAGUAAAAUAAAAGCAGUAGAUAACGUCAUAGAUAUUUUAACGGGAAUAAUCGGGGAUGAAAGGCCGUCGAUAACAAUGGAAGAAAAGACGGAUGGAAGUAGAGUUUUCGGACGGGAUUCUUCUAAAGAAAGGGAAAAAAGUAAUUCUAGAGAAAAAUCAGAGAAGAAAAAAGCGGAAAAGAGAUCUAAAGAAUCUUCAGGAAGCGGUGAUGAUACAUCGAGUGAUGAUUCGACUUCGGAUUCAAAUACCGAAUAUAGAAAAAAAUCGAAAAAAAAUAAGAAAAGAAAGAAGAGAAGAACUGAUGAAAGCGACGAAAAUCUAGCACCGCCGGGUAAUGAAUCUAAUACGCACGCCGUUGAUAAUCGUAAUGACGAACCCAAACCUUUGUGCAAUUUUAUUUAUUACGAUCCGGAAAUGCAUUGGUGUCAAGUUUGUGAUGAAUUCCCACGAACUGCUAAAGAAUAUUUAAAUCAUCUUCAUAGCAAAGAGCAUAAAGAAUUAACGCAGGAAAAAAAAUUAAAUGACAUGCCCUGGCAUGAUUUAAACGUACACGAAGAAGUACCAUUUUACGAAGGGGCUCCGACGAAGAGGAUUCCAAUAAAAGUGUUUUUUCUUUUUUUUUGCAUAAAAAAAAAAAAAAAAAAAAUUUAUGUAAAUAUUAGAAAAAAUAUUUCAUUUAAAAAUUAUUGUAUGUAUAUUAUAAUUAUGUAUUAUUAUUAUUAUGGUUUCAACGAGCAAAAUCCUCAUUGGGAAACGGAUUGGAUGGCGAAUCGUGAGAAAGCUUAUGAAAAAUGUGCCGAACAAAGAAGACGUUUAAGAGACGAAGAACUUUUGCAAAAACAAAAGCAAGAAAGAAUCGAGUUGAUGAAAAAACAAGAGGAAGAAUUGAAACAAAAAUUUUAUUCCUCGUUAAUGAAAUCGGAAUCGGGAGAAAACGAAUUGAUCAUGCCGCUCACGCUCCCGAGAACGUACGAAGGAUCAUCGACCAUUCCGUUAAAAGAAAAUUUCGAAGGGAAAAAAGAAAAGGAUAAAAAGAAGAAAGCGAAAAAGGAAAAAAGAAAGAAGGAAAAACGCAUGAAAGAAAAGAAGAAAAAGUCAAAGGAGAAAAAAUCUAGAAAAUCAAGUUCUUCCGACACGGGUUCAAGUUCGGAGAGUACGACGGAAAGUUCCGAUUCCGAAGAAGAGAAGAAGGUCAAAAAAGAAAUUUUAGCGGAUUUGGAGGGUAGAUCGAAAAGCUUGAGAGUGGCUUUGAGGGGUAAGGAUAAAACGGAAAAUGAAAAGUCGAUGCCUAUUCCGAUAACUUUACCGGAAAAAUCCAAAUGGGAAGUCGAGGAUAACGACGAGAAUAAACAUGUGCCUACCGCUGAUUGUAAAGAAGUUCCCGUUCCUAAAGAGCAAUCCUCCCGCGUCGCGGAGUCGUCGGAUGACAAAAUUUUAAAAGAAUGGAUGAAGACUGAUGCGUCGGAACCUGAUAAAGAUUCAAGUAAGAGUGUGAAGGAAAAAGUCAAAUCGAAGGACAGGCAAAAAGAUUACGGUAGAAAUGAUGACGAAAGGAGUUCGCGGUACGAUAAGAAGAGGAGUUACCGCGAUAAAAGGCAAGAGAGCGGAAGUUCGAGGAGAGAGAGGAGAUCAUCCUGGGAUAGGAAAAAAGAGCAUCGUUCCUCCAGACACUCUCGACGAUCGAGAACCCGAAGUCGCACUAGGUCUAAUUCACGGGAUAGAGAUCGGGAAAAGGUCACUCCCGGUGUCAUACCCGCGCCUUUAUACGAUUUAUUUAAACUCCCUGAAAAACACGUGGUUUUGCUCCCGGAAACUAGCAGAGCUGACAAACUUGAUGACCACAUUCACGAAAACGACGACGGAGAGUCUAAAUUUGAAAAGCAAGCCGUCGAAGCGGCGAAAAAGAAAAAGGUACAACCCGUUAUUAGUUUACCAAAAUCUAAAUUUGGAUUCAUCGGACGCAUGCCGUUCGCUAAAAAGAGACCCGACUCGGAAAAGGGUAAGAAAGAUGACGAUUCGCCCAAAUUAGAAGACUGUUCCGAAAUGGAGGCUCCACCUCCUCCGAGAAUCACUCAACCUCGACCCCUGUCACCCAAAGCUCCGAAACCAGUAUUAACGACCAAAACUAAAGUCGAAACGGCUAAAGAAAUCGUUUCCAAAUACCAAAAAGCUUUCCAGGAAAAGGUAGAGGAAGCUCAAACGAUCGAUCCCGUGAUGAUGGCCGUAGAAAUGGUGAAUCCUCCCCUACCUCCAUCACCCCCCGCUCUAACCAUGAUGCCUCCUUCUCCUCCUAAAAUCAGAGAAAGUCCCAAGAGUCCUAAGAAAAGUAAAAAAUCUCCCUAUCCGUUGCCGAAAGAUUUUCAAGAUGCGUUGAGUAUCAUUUAUCCAGAAGAAAAGCCGGAGGACAAAAUGGACAGCACUUAUCACACUCCGGAAAUGAUGGCUGCCAUGUCGUUUCAACCCGCACCCAUGGGAUACGGAGGUCAAAUGAUGAUGGCUUAUCCGGGAAUGCACAUGAUGGCUCCGAUGCCGCAAAUCCCUCCUCCUCCGCCGCACAUGAUGAACGCGAACACGAUGAGAAUGUUCAAUCAAACGGCUCCUCCUCCGCCCACAACCGAACCCACGAGAGACACGCCCUCUCCCGCCCUUCCUCCUCCUCCAGAAAAUCUUUUCGAAAGCAGUUUCGGUUUGGGGUCGUCAAACGGCGGAGGGAUACCCGGUUUGGACGAAGAAAAAAUGGAAACGUCAUCUAAAAUGUCCGACGACGACAUGGCUUUGCUCGGAAUCGACGCGGAAGACAUGGCCGCUCAACAACUUUAA